GAAAAACAUUCGGUGCCAGACGCGGAUGAACUGGAUCGUCUGCGUGCAGAUCGAGAUAGUUUGCUCUCCCUUUUAGACAAAUUUGAGCGUCAGUUGGUUGAGAUCCAAAGCAAUGUACGCGUGCUGACCGAAGAGCGGAACCUAUUGAAUGAUCAACUGAAUCAGGUAAUCAAUUCACCUCGUUUCGCGGAAAACGUGACGGAACGUGCUCAUUGGCUUUCUAAUUUGCAGUGCAUACCCACAGUGUUACUAACCCGGUAA